UUUUUAUAGAGCAGAGAGCAGUGAAAUCGAUGCUCGGGGAAUGUGGCUUCCCGCUAUAUCCCAAUCAUUGCUUUGGUAAAAACCCUAACUUUAUCUUCCGAUUCGUCUCUCUGCCUUCAGAGAAUCAGCCAUGGUUCUCUCCUUUGAUUUGCAGGACUUUAUUCUCCGUGCUCGAGUUUUGAAGCUAUACAGACAAGCAUUAAGGACUGCACAAAGAGCCCCUGAACAUGCUAGAGUUGAACUGAAGCGGACAAUUAGACAAGAGAUGGAGAAUAACCGGAAUUGUAAGGACAACCAGAGGAUUCGUUUCCUGAUUAGUGAAGGAUUAGAGAGAGUAAAACGUUUGGAUGAGAUGCUUGAUAUGCAGGGCAAUUGCUAGUAGACUGAAAUUGCAUAUGAUAUGUGUAAUGAUGUAGUUCAAUUUUUUGGAGGAUUAAGUUUCUCAAUGUAAUAGACAAUUAAUCUAACGUAAUGCUGAAUAUGAAAUGAGAGAAGUUCUCAAUUACUGAUGCGGAAA